CUCGACCACCAUGGCCUCAUCUACCGGCCCGGGCGAUGCCUCGAUACCAACCCUCAAAGAUCUAACAAUUGAGAACAUCACCGAUAAUGUCCACCUCAUAAACUCGCAAUGCGCCGACCCACGUCUGAAAUACAUCAUGGAGCGCCUCGUAACGCACCUUCACGACUUUGCGCGCGAGACACGUCUAAGCUUCGAAGAAUGGAUGGCAGGCAUCCAGUUCCUAACAGCCGUGGGACAGACAUGUACAGACGUGCGGCAGGAAUUCAUCCUCCUCUCCGACAUCGUCGGCCUCUCCCUCCUCGUCGACUCCAUCGACCACCCCAAACCGCCCUCCAGCACCGAAGGCACAGUCCUCGGACCCUUCCACACCCACGACGCCGCCACGCUCACCCCCGGGUCCUCCAUCUCCGGCGACCCCAACGGCGACCCCCUCCUCGUCCUCUGCAGCGUGAAAACAACGUCCGGACAGCCCCUCGCAGACGUCAAAGUCGACGUCUGGGAGACAGACAGCCACGGCAAGUACGACGUGCAGUACGCCGACCGCGGGGAUAAGGCCGACGGGCGCGCCAUCAUCCGCAGCGACGCGCACGGCGUCUUCUGGUUCAACGCCAUCGUCCCCGUGCCGUACCCCAUUCCGAGCGACGGGCCUGUCGGCCAGCUGAUCGCGAAACUGGGCCGCCACUGCUGGAGACCGAGUCAUAUGCAUUUUAUGUUCGAGAAGGAGGGGUUUGAUAAUUUGGUUACAGCGCUGUAUAUCCGCGGCUCCGACUACGAGACCUCCGACGCCGUCUUCGGCGUAAAGGACUCCCUCAUCGUCGCUCUCGAUACGGUAACCCCGCAGCUAGCAGCACAGUAUAACGUCGAAGCGGGAUCUAAGCUGCUGAGGUACGACUUCGUCCUCGUUACGGAUGAGGAGACGCAGCAGCUAAGGCAUGACGAGGCGGUUAAGGCGAUGCGCGCGUUGGGCCGCGAACAUAUGAAGAUUAUUAAGGGGCUGCCGGUGCCGGAUGUGGAUUAAAUGGGGACGUAGUAGUAGUAGAAGAUGUAAUGCGAAUAGAGUAGAUGGGAAGGUGGUAGUUUAGUGCUGCGUGAUGUGGUUGAGCGUAUGGAUACUGCACCACUGCAUGACUUUAUCGACUUUAUCUAUCUUAUCUACCCCCUUACCCCGGUCAAGACCGGGCCAUUAGUUCACGCAUAUCCAUA